GUAUUCAACAAAUUUUAAAGAUUACACGUUUUAGCAGUCGUACGUCUCCUAUUAAACAAAAAACGUCUUGAAAUUUGAAUUGACCUCAAUAGAGAAUCAGGCUUUUGGAGCCGCGAACCGUCCCCUGCGGAAGCCAGCUUUAUAACCCAUAGGGAGCAGUUAUGAGCUGGUAGCGUUUGCAGCCAUUCCAUAGUAGGAGUGGAUCACUAUUUGGCACUUUUCUGUGCGUGUGAGUACUCGUCUAUCUGUCUGUAUCGGCAGGAAAACGGGAGAGGGCUUCGGUGGAGACUUCAAGCAACGGGGUGGCUUAUUCUUCUGUUUUUCCACCUCCUGGCUCCGGCGACAGCUCGAACGCUCUGAUGGAGGCGGAAAGAUCCGGCGGGGUGGCGGAUGGAACGAAUCCGAGCCCUGCAGGAAGCGGAGCGGGGCGCAAUCCGAACGGGCCGAAGGCUAUGCUCGGUCCCGCUCCCACCGCAGCAGCCGCCGCGGCGGCCGGGGCGAUGGCUGGAUCAUCCCAGCCGCGAGAUCCGCAGGACGGGGACGCGGGCCUCUCGUUGCCCGGGAUCUUACAUUUCAUCCAGUAUGAAUGGAGCCGCUUUCAAGCCGAGAAAUAUCGCUGGGAGGCCGAACGAGACGAGCUGAGGGCUCAGGUGGCGUUUCUGCAGGGUGAGAGGAAAGGUCAGGAGAACAUGAAGCAGGAUCUGGUGCGGCGAAUCAAGAUGCUGGAAUACGCUCUGAAACAGGAGAGGGCCAAACAUCAGAAGCUGAAAAGUGGCACUGACCAGAGCCCUGGAGAGAAGAAACCAGAGACAGAAGCUGAACCAAUACCCAAUGGGCCUGCAGAUUCAGAUUCAGAACCAACCAAUCAGAUGCCUUGGAAGGAGGGCCGUCAGUUAUUGCGCAAGUAUCUGGAGGAGGUGGGAUAUUCUGACACCAUCUUGGACAUGCGUUCCAAACGUGUUCGUUCCCUGUUGGGUCGCAACAGCCCAGAGGCGAAUGGGCCUCCUCCCAGCGAACCGCCCACAGAACCAGAACCUCACAGUGGAGGAGAGUCACUACUAGUGUGCCAGAUAGAAGAGCAAAUCAAACGACGUGCUGGAAAAGAGAGCUCUAAAGAACGGUUGGGAAGCUCUGUCCUGGAUAAGAUUCCUUUCCUUCGUGGCUGUGAGGACGACGAUGAGGAUGACAGUGAUGAAGAGGAGGACUUCCAGGGCAUGACUACAGACUGCAUUGAUGGACGCAAAAGCAAGAAGUCCAGGAGCAAGAUGGGUGGAGAAUCCAUGACCACAGAUCUUGACCCUGAGGAUGACGAUGAUGAAGAUGAUUCUGAGGACGCUCUGGGUGAGUUUGAUUUCUUGGGCUCAGGAGAGGAAGGCGAAGGGGCGGGAGAAGCUCGCAUAUCUGGAGACGGCCGUGAAUUAGGUUCAGAAAACCGCCGGAAUAAGUUGCAAGGCAUUAUGUCAGAUUUCCCGCCCAAACCCACUCCACCUCCUUCUAUCCCAGGCCAGACACGCUCCGGAGAGGGGGGAGCUCUUGGAUUCUCAUCUGAUGUCUUCAUUCUGGAUGCGGUUGGAGGAGGGGAUAUGAACCUCGGAGAGCUGGCUGACCUCACUGUUGCCAACGACAAUGACCUCACCAUUGACUUGCAGGACAGUCGAGAAGAGUUCAAAAAAACGUGGAACCCUCGCUUCACGCUACGAAGCCACUUCGAUGCCAUCCGAGCGUUGACCUUUCACCCCAGCCAGGCCGUUCUGCUGUCUGCCUCUGAGGAUGGAACACUCAAACUGUGGAACCUCAACAAGGCAAUGCACUCCAAAAAAAAUGCAGCGCUGGACGUUGAGCCCAUUUAUACAUUCAGAGCACACAGUGGUGCUGUUCUUUCUCUGGCUAUGGGGGAGGAAGGAGAAUCAUGCUUCAGUGGCGGUCUGGAUGGCACCGUCCGUGGCUGGAAGAUUCCCGACCUUAAUGUAGAUCCUUACGACAACUAUGAUCCCGGCGUGGAGAGCAGCGUGUUGUCGGGCCAUGAGGAUGCGGUGUGGGGUUUGGCCUACUCCUCCAGCCUGAAGCGUUUGGCCUCCUGCUCUGCAGAUGGGACUGUACGGAUCUGGGACCCCCAUAAUUCCUCACCGUGUGUGUCUGUUUUCAACAAGGAGAAAGAACAUGGCACUCCCACCUCGGUUGCCUUUGUAAACUCCGACCCAUCCCAGGUUGUUGUGGCCUUCGAUGGGGGCGAGACUCUGCUUUAUGACCUCAACACAGAGCAAAGCAUCGUGGUCUUGGAGAACCAGGCUAAGGAUGGCAGCGAGCUGAUUAACUGCGUGGUCAGCCAUCCGUCCCAACCGAUUUCCAUUACAGCCCACGAGAACCGCACCAUCCGCUUCCUGGACAAUAAGACAGGGAAAGUGAUCCAUUCCAUGGUGGCUCACCUGGAUGCUGUAACCUGUCUCGCCACAGACCCUAAAGGCGCUUACCUCAUCUCCGGCAGUCAUGACUGCUCUGUGCGGUUGUGGAUGCUGGACAAUCGCACGUGUGUGCAGGAGAUCACAGCACACAGGAAAAAACACGACGAGGCCAUUCAUGAUGUGGCCUUCCACCCCUCGCAGCCCUUCAUCGCCAGCGCAGGGGCCGACGCGCUUGCCAAGAUCUUUGUUUGAUUUUCUCACUGGGGAUCCACCUUCACUACUGGGCCACAAGAAUGAAACGCCGAGUAUCUGCACACACACACACACACACACACGCUCACUAAAUGUGAGGAACGAUGUUCUACACAUCACUGCCUGUGUUAAAGGCACUCGACUCGAUAACCUAUAAUUUUUUUAUGCCUCACACAUUGUGAUACAAACUCUACUGCUUUCAAUACUAAUGAGCUUGCUGCUCAUGUCCCGAUUUCAGUUUUAGACUACACUACUAAUAAUCUGCAGUGUGUUGCGAGGGAUGUCCAAUCUGUUGACGGAUGGACCCAUGCAAACACACACAUGUGUUUCAUGCUCGGUUUAGGUUGAGGAUUUGAAGGCUCUCGGUAAACAAGACAUUACCCAAGCCUGCACAUUUUCGAUGUAAAUUGCAUUAGUGCUAAUCUGUGAAUUAAUGUCCUCGCGUAACUGUUGCCUAGUAACGUGAGGCGAUCAAUGCAUUUCAUUCCAAAGACUGCUUUAGAUCAGUUUUUUUGGUUGCGUUUUAGCUGCAAGUACAACACAGCUUUACCUUUAGCCUCACAGCUAAGAGCCUUAGUGUUUCAGCCUUUCAUAAUCAGUUCCACACAUCUCAUUCUUAUGACGAGUACACUUUGAACUAAAACCGUGCGUUUGUGACGGUGCUAGCACAAGCAUUUUGCAAUCACCAUCUUCAUUCAUAUCCAAUCAGGUGGCGUUAUCCGUAAUAGUCAGGUGACUGUUAAGUAGUGUAUUUAUUGUAGUGUUCAGUAUCGGUUGGAAGACUUUUUGGGAAGAUCUGCAGUUGGAUGCGUAACUGAUUUCUGUAUUUAAGCAGGAUGCGCUGUAAAUAGCACACUUGACUCACAACCUUGGUGCUAAGAUCUCCUCUGAAUCAGGGACCUGUUCACGACGAGGGUCGAAAAGUAGCAAAUCUCGGUUGACGCCUGCCAUUCCUCGGAGUUAUCACGUACGGUUCUUUGGCAUUUCAGAAAUACAGCCCAUGCUUCGGGAAUUUCAGAGUGCUUCUGGUGUGCCGAAGUGGCUUUUAAGGUUUUUGUCAGGGUAUUUUUAAGACGAUAAACUCUAUAUCCUCGCUGGAGGAUCUUUGGUUGAUGAUUGUCGCCAAUAAAAAAAUUUAAACCAACUACAAGUUCGUGUUUUAGUACAGCUGUAUUGUCAAUUUCUGAGUUUUUGGACAUCUGUGAUCUCGACCCAAGUCAUUUUUCCUGAAAAGUGGAGAACGAAGCAAAGCUCGAAAGGGCGUUUUAAGCGAUGAGAAACUAGUGCCCCCCAGUUUUCAGUUGACUUACCAAAAGGUCAAAACCCAGUGGUGGAACUUGGACAAAUUCAAAAAGUCCUCUUAAUGGGUUUUGUGCCGCCAGUCAAGGCAAGACACAAGGUGUUUCAGAGUAAAGCUCAUAUGGGCUCUUUGAGUGAAAAUAAAAGUGGGGCACCUUGCUUUUUAUUGGCUAAGCAAGCAAUCAAGAUGCAACUCUGAAACUUGUUGGGGGGAAACCAAGAUGAGAUGAAGACUCAAACCUGAAUCUGAUCUUCAGGUUUCUUAGUUGGAGGGAGCCUGGUCUUGAGGUCUGGAUAUCAAAGGUCCCAUCUUGUAUUAGCCAGUUUCCGUUUUGCUGGGUUUAUUUUUAUCCUUUACUGGUUUUCCGUGGUCGUAGACAAGUGGCCGGAAGGCAAGUCAGAAGCAACAAAAAGACUGAUGGGCCAUAAAGAGCGCUCUUGCAUAAUGGAGCCAUGUCAGUUCUUAACCAGGCUUUCUCUAUCCAGAAUCACUCCAUCCAGCCAACUC